AUGUCCAUGCAUUGUGUUUGAGUGGGUGUAGGGAAGUGAAUUGUUUGUGUAUAUAUAGUAAACCUUAAACAGCAGUCAACUGCAAGAAGCUCUCACUAGAGGAGUCAAUAUGAAGCUGUCACUUGCUUUCAAAGCUUUGGGAUCCCUGUGUGUGCUGCUUGCAGAUGGAUUUCCAGUUUCUGAGAAUUUACCUCCAAAGAUCAUCGGGGCAAAUCACGCCAAAAUAAAAGCUCAUCUAGGUGAGCACCUGUUUCUUCACUGUGAAGCAUUUGCAAAUUGUGAAGAGACACUCAUCUACUGGCUCGUCAACAACACUUUUCCUGAAGACCUGCCCAGCAGUGGCAGAAUAGUAGAAUCAGAUGAAUCGACUUUAGAUGAGGGUGCGAUCCUACUGAGGAGUUUGCUGUUGAAGAAUGUCACGUCAGAUGACCUAAAAUCCUCCUUCACCUGUGUUGUGACAAAUGCCGCUGGAAUGACCCGAAAGAACAUCAUGUUAGCAACAACAGUUAAAAGUGACUGUAAUGCAGGAAAAAACAGAAAACACUGAAUGUCACUUAGAGUAAAAAGUGCACUGCUCUAAACCAUGCUUCACUUGCAAACUGUGAAUGUACUAUUCUGUGUUAUACUGUUGGGUGUGAGAACUAUGCCAAAGAAAAGUUGGAUGAAGAAAUGUAGAAAACUUAGGGUGCAUUUGGCUCCAUAUUUUCCUUUGAUGGCUUCCCAUCAGUGAGACCAAUAGUGUUAAAAUGUAAAAAGCAACUUCAAAAUUUUCUGUGAAAGGACUACCUUAAGGUGAAACCAAACAAACUGGUGUGUAUUAUUACCCUCUCCUAAUACAAAUUUGAUGCAUUUUGAGGAUUAUCCUUUUUACAAGGAAACCCCACAUCCAGAAGCAACAUUGUAUGUGGAACUGAAUGCACCCUAAAUGACAAAUGUCAUAAGUCAUAUGGAUGACUCCACCACAAAGCUACCAUCUACUGCCUGCAUAUAUAGACUAUUGUAACAGUUAAUUGCUAGGCUAUUGGAUAUGUUUGUGUAUCAUUCCAGUGUGUUUGCUGGUGAUAAGCCAUCUUAAAUGUGUAUGCUUUUGAACCAUAUGAAAAUAUACUCCAUAAUGAGACAAA